AUGACGCAACGGGAAGGCAUUCACAAGUUCGAGAAUGAGCGUAUUAAAACGCUGCAGGAAGAACGUUUACACAUCCAGAAGAAAACGUUUACAAAAUGGAUGAACUCGUUUCUGGUAAAGGCCAAGAUGGAGGUCGACGACCUGUUCAUCGAUCUGGCAGACGGUAUCAAGCUUCUGAAGUUGCUGGAAAUCAUCUCCGGCGAGAAGCUGGGCAAGCCGAACAGUGGCCGCAUGCGUGUACAUAAGAUAGAGAACGUUAACAAAAGUUUGGCCUUUCUGCACACGAAGGUUCGCUUGGAGUCGAUCGGUGCGGAAGACAUUGUAGACCAUAAUCCCCGCCUUAUUCUCGGCCUGAUUUGGACGAUCAUUCUUCGUUUCCAGAUUCAGGAGAUCGAAAUCGAUGUGGACGAAGAAAAUGAAUCGUCGGAAAAGAAAUCCGCCAAAGAUGCAUUAUUGCUGUGGUGCCAGCGAAAGACCCACGGAUAUCAGCAUGUACACAUUACCGAUUUUACCAACUCGUGGCGUUCCGGCCUUGGCUUCAAUGCGCUUAUUCAUUCGCACCGCCCAGAUUUGUUCGAUUACAACAGCCUCAUGCCUGGGCGAAACAUUGAAAACCUUAACCAUGCGUUCGAUGUGGCGGAACGAGAGCUCGGCAUACCCCAGCUGCUGGACGCGGAAGAUAUUGACACGGCCCGGCCGGAUGAAAAAUCCAUCCUCACGUACGUUGCCUCAUACUAUCACACUUUCGCCCGGAUGAAAAGCGAACAAAAGGGCGGAAAACGUAUUGCUAACAUUGUCAACAAGCUGAUGGAUGCGGAUAAGAAAAAAAUGCAGUUCGAGCACCUGAUAACGAAUCUGCUGAGCUGGAUACGGGCCAAGACGGUAGAGCUAGAGAAGCGGAACUUUCCCAACUCUGUCGAGGGUAUCCAGGGCGAGCUGUUAGCGUUCAAGGAAUAUCGUACGGUAGAAAAACCACCCAAAUACAAGGAACGUAGCGAAAUUGAAGCCCUCUACUUUCACGUGAAUACACUUCUCAAAUCACUGAAUCAACCACAUUACACGCCACAGGAUGGUAAGAUGAUAAACGACAUCGAAAAAGCCUGGCAGCGUUUGGAAAAUGCUGAGCACAACAGAGAGGUGGCACUGCGUGACGAACUCUUACGGCAAGAGAAGUUGGAACAGUUGAACUUCAAGUUCGAGAAGAAAUCCGUACUGCGCGAAGGAUACUUGAAUGAGAUGAUACAAGUACUGACGGAUCCACGGUAUGGUCCUGCUUUGCGGCAGGUGGAUGCCACCGUCAAGAAACAUGAAGCCAUCUCGGCCGACAUUCUGGCACGCGCAGAUCGGUUCAAUGAUCUUACCGACAUGAGCAACGAAUUGCACGAGGAGAACUAUCACGGAAAGGAUCGUGUUAAGAAGCGCGAGACGGAGGUGAUUACGAAGUGGAAGGAAUUGCUGGAAUUACUGGAAAACCAUAAGCUGAAGUUGUCUCAAAUGAGUUCAUUGAUGAAUCUUUUGCGAGAAAUUGACGCAACGAUGACUACAAUAAGGGCGCUUCAGACGCAGUUUGCUUCCGAAGAUGUAGGACCGCACCUGCUGGGAGUGGAAGAAUUACUGCAGGCUCAUUCCUUGCUUGAGCUACAGGUUACUACGCUCGGCGAAACGCAACGUCGCUACGUUCGUCAAGGUGAGGCAUUCAAAAGAGGGGAUUACAAGGACACCAGUCAACUGGACGGCAAACUCGCCGAACUGGCCAAGUUGUAUCAGGAAUUGCAAGCGAUGAGUGCAGCACGUCGGGCGCGGCUGGACGAGGCUCGGGAUUUCUAUCAGUUCGUGGAGGAUCACGAGAACGAAGAGGGUUGGCUCGUGGAUAAGCAGCGGAUAUGUAAAGCAGGCAUCACGGCGAAGGAUCUGCGUGCCGUCAUGUCCCUCCAGCAGAAGCAUAAAGCGCUGGAAGAUGAGAUGAAAGUGCGAAAACCAAAAUCCAACCAGAUCACGGAAGCAGGAAAGAAAUUGAUUGCGGAUAAACACUCGCGGAUGUCUGAAGUGCAAGGAAAAAUCGAUUCCCUUCAAGAGCACUGGAAAGCCUUGGAGGAUUUGGUGGAUCUACGGAAGCGACAGCUUGAAGACGCAGCCGAAGCUUAUCAGUACUAUGCCGAUGCAAAUGAGGCAGAUUCGUGGUUAAACGAAAAAAUGGCACUAGUUGCUUCGGAUGAUUUUGGCGUCGACGAACCGUCGGCCCAAGCGCUCCUGCAGCGCCAUCGGGAUUUACAAGGGGAACUGAAUGCUUAUUCGGGAGACAUACUGAAUUUGAAUCAGCAGGCAGAAAAACUGAUCAAAGCAGGAAUUUGUACGCUAGACCUAUCAGCGGAUCCGGAACCCGUGCAUGAAUUGGAACAGGAAGAGUGGGUUAAUGAAACCCGCCUGGUUCCCAAGGAAGUGUGGGAAGACGAACCAGUCGAGCGGCUUGAACAUCGCACUGUCACGGAGAACAAAUUGCUGCCCCACGUACAAGCCUUGUAUCGGUUCGAGGGUCAAAACAUGAAAGUAGCCAAAGGUGAUGUAAUGAUUCUGCAGAACAAAAACAAUGUUGACUGGUGGAACGUUCGUAAGCUCGACGGUACGGAAGGUUUUGUUCCGGCGAAUUAUGUGAAAGAAAUAGAGCCUCGACCCGUGCCCUGCUUAGUCCGCAAAGCAGAGAAGGUAAAGGUGAUGCAAAAGGUGAAGAAAACUAUCCUGGUGAAGGAAGUGAUACAGGUGAAGCGCGUGCGACCGGCAAAGGUAAGCCAGAUGAAGCCGCUGGUGAAACGUCGUGCCAGAGGCGAUGAUCUAACAGCCCUCGAUAGCAACGACAGUGUCGAUAAGCGCCAAAAACAUAUCAAUGGCACGUACGAUCAGCUGCAGGAUCUUGCAGAAAGGCGACGAGCCUUAUUGGAAGAUUCAAUAUGCCUGUUCCGCUUUUAUCGCGAGUGCGAUGAUUUCGAAAAAUGGAUAAAGGAUAAGGAAAAAAUGCUCCGUACCGACGAUCCGAAGGGUAGCGUAGAAACCGCCAGACGCCAGUUUGAAACAUUUGUGAAUGAUCUUUCCGCGUCUUCAAAGCGCGUUGAAGCGAUCGAUUCCGAUGUGGAAGAUUUUGUGCGCCAGGGCCACUCACAGCUGGAUAAGGUGAAAGCCCGUCAACGACAGAUUCACCAGAUGUGGGAACAUCUGAACUACCUGAAGGGACAGAAGGAAAAGAGCCUCGAAGGUGCGUCCAGCGUGGAGCUAUUCUAUCGAACGUGCGAAGAAGCGAUCGAUUGGAUGAACGAAAAGAUGACGCAGCUCGAUACGGCGGAGGUUGGACCGGAUCUGAAAACUGUGCAAGCACUGCAGCGUCGCCAUGAAAAUCUAGAACGCGAAUUAGCCCCGGUGAAGGAGAAGGUGAACCGAGUGAAUUUGCUUGGUAACACCGUAAAAAAUUCGUACCCAUCCGAGCGCGAUAAUGUUAGUGAGAAACAGCGUGAAAUUCAGAACCUGUGGCAAAAGGUGCAGGAAAAAGCAAAAGAAAGACGGUCGCGAUUGGAGAAUGCUGUUGGACAGCAAAUAUUCAAUAACAGCACAAAGGCAUUACUCAGUUGGAUCGCGGAGUGCAAUAACCAGCUGAACGCAGAAGAAACAGCGCGUGAUGUUGAAACGGCAGAAAAGUUGCUAAAGAAACACAAGGAUUUGGGCGAGGACAUAAACGCACACGAUGAUGAGUUUGUACAGCUAGCCAAGCUUGGGCAGCAAAUUUUGGAGCGUAAUCCUGCGUUAACCGAAGAUCCUGAUAUGGCGAACAAGAUGGCAAAACUGGAGGCCGAGCGUCAGAGGCUGCAUGGUGCCUGGCUGGCGAAGGAGAAGAAAUUACAGCAAUGCAUUGAGCUGCAAAUAUUUAAUCGCGAGGCCGACAAAAUUGAUGCGACCACGAAAAGUCAUGAGGCGUAUCUGGAGUAUGACGAUUUGGGUGACUCGCUUGACGAUGUAGAGGCCAUUAUGAAGCGACACAUUGAUUUCGAAAAUUCUCUCGGGGCACAGGAUAAGAUUCUGAAAAACUUUUCCGAGGGCGCAGAUCGGUUGAUUCGCAAUAAUCAUUACGACGCCAAGUACAUUGAUGAGCGUCGUGUUCAAGUAUUGGCCCGCCGCGAACGGGUCAAGGAGUUGGCACAAAAGCGUCGCAACGCACUGCAAGCUUCCAAGGAUUUCCAGAAGUUUUCGUCCGAUGUGGAUGAUUUAAAUAGAUGGCUGGCGGAUAAGACAAAAAUUGCAAGCGAUGAAAGUUAUAAGGAUCUUUCGAACCUUCCGCGCAAACUUCAGAAACAUAAGGCUUUCGAGAGGGAAUUGCGAGCCAACGAAGGUCAGUUGCGCAUGGUCAACAAGGAGGGCGAAUCGUUGAUCAAGACAAACAACCGUGCGGGUGAAGUGAGUGAUACGCUUGCGACUAUCAAUCAGAAAUGGAAGGAUCUAGUAGCGACGUCGCUGGAGAAAGGCCGACGACUAGAGCAGGCUGCGCUACAACGAGAACACAAUCGCUACAUUGAAGACUCGAAGAGUAAGUUCGAUGAGCUGGAUCAUGCGCUACAAAGCAAGCAAGUGGGUAACGAUUUGCGCAGCUGCAAGGAGCUAAUGAACAAACACCAAGUCCUGGAGAAUGACAUUGCACUCUGGGAGCAAAAGGUAGCGGAACUGGUCACCACUGGUGAAGAGAUGGCACACGAGGGUCACUUCGAUGCUAACAAUAUUCAGAACGAGACCAAAAAGUUGCAAGCUCAAUUCGCUGGGUUAAAGGAUCCAGCCCGGCAGCGUCGGGAUGCGCUUGAUGAAAGCUUACGCUUCCACAAGUUCGUCUUCGAACUGGAUACUGAGCUUCAAUGGAUCAAUGAGCACCUUCCGGCAGCGAAAUCGGAAGUAAUCGGUCAAAAUUUGCAUCAAGCGCAAAGUCUUUCGAAGAAACACAAAAAACUGGAAGCUGAAAUAGAAGGUCAUCAGCCAAUGAUAAACAAAACAUUGACUUCUGCCGAAAAUCUGAUCAACCAAAAUCAUCCGGAGCGAGUGAAAGUGAAAGAACUCUGUAACACGCUUGAGAAAGCAUGGGCCGAUCUUCAAGAUCAAUCAGCGGAGCGAUCGCGUAAACUGGAAUUAUCUCUCAAGGCGCAACAGUAUUUGUCCGAGGCGGGAGAAAUCGAAACAUGGUUGGGUGAGCGCAAUAACGUCCUGCGUUCGUCGGAUUACGGCCGGGAUCGAGACUCAGCUACGAAGCUGCUAACCAAGCACAAGGUAAUCGAAUUGGAGCUGGACACUUAUUCCGGCAUCGUAUCCGAGAUGGGUCAUACGGCAUCAGCCAUGAUUGCAGCCAAACAUCCGGACAGUAAGGUAAUCGGGACAAAGCAGCAGCUGAUUGAGAAGAUGCUUAAAUCCCUGCAAAGACUUGCUGGCCAGAGACAGCUGCGCCUAAUGGAAAGUCUGUAUCGUCACGAAUAUUUUGUGGAGUCUGCCGAAUUAGAGCAGUGGAUCAAAGAACAGGAACAAGCUGUCAAUUCGGAAGACUACGGUCAUGAUUAUGAACAUUUGUUGAUUCUUCAAAACAAAUUUGAUGACCUUAAACAUCGGAUCGAAGUUGGAGCGGAGCGUUUCAACCAGUGUGAAAAUUUCGCAAAGAAACUUAUCGGUGGAGAUAGUCCGUAUGUAUCGGAAAUAGAAAAACGGCAAGAACUAUUGAGUAUUGCUUGGCAACAUCUCCUUGAACAAUUGGAUGCACGUGAAAAGAAACUUCACGCUGCUGGUGAAAUACACAGGUUCCAUCGUGAUGCAGCUGAAGCAUUGUUCCGUAUUCAGGAUAAAAAUGCAGCCCUGUCAAGUGAGUUAGGAAAGGAUUUGAAUUCCGCUCUCGCACUAGCCCGCAAACAUGAAGCGUUUGAAAACGAGUUGGUACCGCUGGAAGCUCAGCUGCAGGUGCUGGUUGACGAUUCAUUGCGCUUGCAAACAAAAUACCCGGGAGACAACGCUAAGGCAAUCGCUGCCGAACAGGAAAAUGUAAUCCAGUACUGGAAUUUGUUGAAAGAAAAAUCAGCCCUGCGAAACGAUCAACUGCACGCAAGCUGUGAUCUACAGCACUUCCUAACGCAGGUGCGCGAUCUGAUGUCGUGGGCCACCAACUUGCGGGCUGCAUUGCAAGCCGAGGAACAUGUCAGUGAUGCGGCUGGUGCGACUGCUCUCAAGAUUCAGCAUGAUGCCAUUUACGGCGAAAUCGAAGCCCGCGAGCAAACAUUCCGCGAGCUAAACGAGCUCAGCGAUUCCAUGGUCCAGACGGGACACUAUGCGGCCACAGAGGUAGAGGAGAAGUGUUCAGCACUGCUAGACGAGCGAGCAAAGCUACAUUCAGCUUACAACAAGAAGAAAAUUUUGCUUGAACAAAAGAUAGAUCUUUUCUGCUUUAUGCGUGAUGCAAAGGUGAUCGAUAAUAUUUCCAGUGGCCAAGAGGCUACACUGUCCAGCUCCGACUUUGGCCAGACGGUUGAGGUGGUGCAGGAUCAGGUGAAGCGUCAUGAAGCAUUCGAGAAGCUGAUCCAAACACAGGAUGAAAAGGUAGCGAUACUACAAGAUCAUGGACGUAAGCUAGUUGAACAGAAUCACUAUGACAGUGAAAACAUCCGUCGUCGUUUGCGGGAGAUUGUCGAAAGACGUCAAAAAGUGAAGGAUCUGUGCGCGCUGCGACGUCAGAAGUUGGCGAAUGCGCUCCUUUAUGCGCAAUUCAUUCGCGACUGUGCUGAGGCCGGAGCUUGGAUCAAUGAAAAGCAGAAAAAGUUGGAAGCGGACGCGCACAGUUAUACCGGUGCCAGUAACAUGGAAGAUAAGGUGAAAAAGUUGAAGAAACUGCAGGCAUUCGAUGCGGAAGUAAACGCGAACGAGGGGCGCAUACGCGAGGUGCGUGAUAAGGGAGAAAAGUUGAUCGGCAAAAAGCACGAAUGUGCUGGGGAGAUCCAGGACGAGCUAGUGAAGUUGAUGCAAUCUUGGAACGUGCUGUUGAACGAGCUGGCCUCUAGAAGCAGAGGCUUGAAGGAGGCACAAGAUAUUUUGGAAUUCAACACACAACUCGACAAACUGGAGGCCUGGAUCCGCGACAAGGAGAUGAUGAUAAAUGCCGGUGAGACGGGUCGCGAUUUAGAGCACUGCAAUGCAUUGCGGCGAAAGCUGGAUGAUGUUGAUAGUGAUAUGCGGGUGGAUGAUCAGCGCAUUAAAAAUAUAAACCAAUUGGCCGAUAAGCUGGUGAGCCAGGACAAGGUGGAAGGAAAGAACGUACAGCAGCGUAGAGAAAACUUCAACAACAAAUGGAAGUCGCUGCAAGGUGCGCUGAGUCGCUAUCGCGAUCUGCUUGCUGGUGCGUAUGAAAUACACGUGUUCAAUCGUGACGUCGACGAUACAGCGGAACGUAUUGCCGAGAAGAUGCUUGCCAUGAGCGUGGACGAUACGGGACGCGACCUAAUUGCCGUUGAAGCCCUCAAACGCAAACAGGAAGCCAUCGAACGGGACAUGACGGCGGUCGAACAAAAGAUUCGUGAACAUGAAACCAGUGCUGCAUCGCUGGCCGACAAGUACCCUGACAAUGCGAUCAACAUUGUGGAGAAACUGGACGAGCUUAAGAAACAGUGGAACGAGCUACAGAACGCGAGCGUGAAACGCGCAGAGUUGCUCAAGCAAGGUUACACUGCCCACAAAUUCACCGCAAACGUGAAGGAGCUUGAACUUUGGGCCAAUGAAAUGAUUAAGCGAAUGGACUCCGCCACUAACCCGGCAACUAUUGCUGACUGUGAGGCACAGAUUCAGUUGCACAACGAGCGUAAGGCUGAAAUCGAUGGGCGAGAUCUCGUGUUCCGCGACUUGAAGGAGCACGGUGAUCGUUUGGUGGCAGAAAACCGCGAACGCUCAGUACGUAACGAUCAUGUCGAAAAGGCGUUGCGCAAUUUGGAAGAUCUAAACAAACAUCUGCAUGACUCCUGGAAAGGACGUUUCCGUGGUCUCAAGGAAGCUCAUCAGCUGCAGCUGUUCAAGGAGCAGGCCGAUCAGAUCGUGGAAUGGUUAACGAACAAGGAAGCGUUCCUGAACAAUGACGAUCUUGGCGAGUCGUUCACGGCUGUGGAAGCGCUGAUAAAGAAGCAUGAAGCUUUCGAAAAACUACUGCACUCCAAUCGCAUCGGUGAACUGGAACGAUUUGCGGAGGAAAUUUUGGCCGAAAGUCCGUUUGAAGCGGAUGUGAUCAAGCAGCGUCUGUAUGCGGUAAUCAGUCGCAAGGAUAAACUUCUAGCAUCGGCCGAAUAUAGAAAGCACAAGCUUCACGAAAGCUUGCAACUGCAACAAUUCUUACGAUCGUUGUAUGAGGUCGAAAAGUGGACGAAUCAGAAAAUGCAGAUCGCGCUGGAUGAGAACUACCGAGAGCCGAGUAAUUUGCAGAGCAAAAUCCAGAAGCAUGCCGCUUUCGACGCGGAAUUGCUUGCCAAUUCUGGUCGUGUGACGGCCGUUAUCGAGGAAGGGGAGUCCCUGAUCAACGCCGAACACUACGCUGGCAGUUUAGUGCAGGAACAACUGGACAUCGUGGAAAAUGAGUGGCAGAAGCUACGCGAAGCAUCUCGAGAGAAAAAGGAGCGCCUGGCGGAAGCCUACGAAGCGUUGCUGUUCCAACGUAGUUUGGAAGAUUUCAACAAUUGGAUGGACGAAGUUGAGCAACAAUUAUCGUCGGAAGAUUACGGUCGCGACCUAGCGUCCGUACACAAUCUGCUGAAGAAGCACGACAUGCUCGAGGCAGAUGUAGCCCAUCACGCGGACACAUGUGAGCAGAUCAAAGGCACCGACGCAAAGAUGCUGUCCUCGGACCAUUUCUUGAAGGACGAGCUGCACGAGAGUGCCAUGCUCACAAUUAAGCGUUACCAUUCGCUACACGAGCCAACUACAAUACGGCGGGACAAUUUGGAAGAUUCUCUACAGCUGCACCAAUUCUUGCGCGAUGCUGAAGAUGAGCUGUUGUGGCUGAACGAGAAAGAACCACAGGCAGCGUCGAAGGAUCUGGGCAGCAGCCUAACAGCGGUGCAAAGUUUGCAGAAGAAACAUCAAGCACUCGAGGCAGAGAUUCUGAUCCAGGAACCCAUCAUAUCAGCUUUGGUGCAGCGCGGGCAGCAAAUGAUCCGAGACAAUCAUUACGCCGUGGAGCAAAUUGAGCGACAGUGUGGUCAGCUUCAGAACAAGUUGGUAAACUUGCGGAACCUAACAAACGUGCGACGGCUUCGUCUGCUAGACGCCGUCGAGAGCCAACAGUUUUAUGCUGAGGCAAAUGAGGCCGAAUUUUGGUUACGCGAGAAGAAGCCAAUUAUUUCGUCGCAGGAUUACGGCAAGGAUGAAGAUUCGGUCAGUUCAUUGCAGAAGAAGCUCGAUGGACUUCAGCGUGAACUGGGUGCAUUCAAGCCGACAGUAGAAAAGAUUGAAAAACUGUCCAGCGGCCUUCAGACUCGUGGUCACUUCGAUAGUGAGAAAAUCAGGAGCAAAAACGAUAAAAUUCAGUACCAGUUCCAGGAGCUUAACCGGUUAGCGGCGGAACGUGAAAAGAAGCUCGCCGAAAUGAAGAAGUUGUACGAGUUUGUACGUGAGAUCGAUGAUCUGCAGGAGUGGAUCGAGGUGCAGAUGACAACAGCUGGUUCGGAGGAAUACGGUACGGACGUGGAACACGUCGAACAGCUAACGGCUCAGUUCGAAUCGUUCGUGUCAAAUUUGAAUGCGAACGAAUCCCGGGUAACGGCUUGCGUUGCCAAGGGCGAAGCACUGCUUAACGAUGGCAAUCCCAACAAGGACACAAUUAAGGCAAAACGAGACGAAACGAAACAGCUGUGGGAAGAGCUGAAGGAUUUGGUGGUUGCACGGCAAGAGGCUCUGGCCGGAGCCCGGCAGGUACACGUGUUUGAUAGAACGGCUGAUGAGACGAUUGCUUGGAUCAACGAGAAAAUAUCCUCUGUCCUGUCGGAAGAUUACGGACACGAUCUGGAGACAAUCCAGUCAUUGGUACGCACACACGAAGCUUUCGAGGCAGAACUGGGCGCUAUCAAGGAGCAGCUCGAGUCGGUAGUGAACGAAGCACAAAAGUUGGCUGAAACGUAUCCCGACGCAAAGGAACACAUCGAGGUGAAGCGUGAUGAAACGAUAGAAGUAUGGUCCGAGUUGAAAGAAAGGACAAUCCAACGCAAGGAGAAGCUCAUGCAAGCCGAGCAGUUACAAGCGUAUUUCGAUGAGUACCGUGAUCUGAUGGCGUGCAUCAACGAGAUGUUGGCAAAGAUCACCGCACCGGACCUAGCGAACGAUGUUGCCGGUGCCGAAGCAUUGAUCGUCAAGAUCAAAGAACAUCGUACCGAGGUGGAGGCGAGAAAGGAAGCAUUCGAGGUAUUUAGCCGGACUGGACGAAAACUGAUCCAAGACAAACAUUUCCUGGCGAAUGAAGUGCAGGAAAAGAUCGCCGUGCUCGAGCAGCGCAAGCGUCUGCUCGAUAAUACUAUUGUGCAGCGCUUGGAGAUGUACGAGCUUAACUUGGAUACGCAACGUUUCCUGAAGGAAGCGGAAGACAUGGAGCAAUGGAUUAUAAGCCGCCAGAUGCAACUGAAGGAAACGAAAUUAGGUGACUCGAUCGCCCAGGUCGAAGAUCUGUUACGCAAGCAUGAAGACUUUGAGAAAACGGUAGCUGCCCAGGAGGAGAAGCUAUUGGCUCUAAAACGCAUCACACUGCUUGAGCAGACAUUCAAGAAACAGCUUGAAGCAGAACAGGCCGCUCGGAUCGCCGAAAAGGAGCGAAUUGAACGUGAACGUCAUGAAGCUCUUAAGCAGAAGGAGGUGCAACGAAUCACGGAAGAACGGCGGCGCCGGGAACCGGUCUCGAUCAAUGGUUACAACGACGGCGGGUUAAAUUCGGUCUCUGGCAUGGGCAGCUCGUCUGGCCAUUUGUCACCCGGUAGCGCUGGCAUGAUGGUCGAUCGCAAUGACUCCGCGGCCUCGGCUGGUGCGUUGAACACAUCGAGCAACGCCGUGCCUAUCACCGUUAGCCACGCCGACCAAACGAGUCCGGUGCAGAAAUCGAAUUCGUUUGCGACGAUGCUGCAGGAACGUUUGCGUCGUGGAUCCGAUAGCAACAUCAAGCGUGCGGAAAGCAUGAAAAUGGGCCUGAAGCCAGUAAAACGCGCGCCCUCAUUCACCACACGUCGCCGUGCGCAGAGCUUCCGCAAGAAUCAACGUACCGGAGGAGCGGGAUCUGAAUCGGACGCUUCCCUUCUGCCACCGGUAGAAGUACAGGGAAUGUUGGAGCGUAAGCACGAGCUUCAAUCUGGGGGCAAAAAGGCACCGGUGCGAUCGUGGAAACCGUACUACACGGUGUUGUGCGGUCAACUGUUGUGCUUCUUCAAGGAUGCCGAAGACUUCGCAAUGCAAAAGGCGGCCACAGCACCGGUGAACAUUCUGAACGCCAGAUGCGAAAGAGCGGAAAACUACACCAAGAAGAAGAACGUGUUCCGACUGGUGUUGCUCGAUGGGUCAGAGUUCCUUUUCAUGACCAACUCGAAGGAAUCGCUAAGCGAGUGGGUGAACAAACUUGCCUUCCAUGCUGCGUUGCCACCGAAUUUACAACUGAUGAGUUACGACGAGUCAGUGAAGCAAAACAAUAGCGCGCCGGACAUGAAAUCAAUCAGCUCCACCCAAUCUCCGACGCCCGAGCGGAGCGACGCCGCAUCAUCGAUAAGUUCGCGAACUUCCUCCCCAGAUAGUCAGCGCCGGGACUCGCGGACCUCACUAAACAGUGCCAAAUCAGGAUCGGGAAGUAACGGUAGCUUCCACACUCCCCAGACCAACUUCCUACAGAAGCAGAAAGAAUUACGCGAGCAGGAACUUCAGCACCAGCGUAUGUCAACCGGUCAAAUGCAGCAGCACAACAACUUGCCGUCGCCAACCUCGCCAGGACCGAUGCCGGAAGUGUUUGGUUUGGCUGACAAACCACCAAUUCCACCACGUGGCAUGCCUCCACCGGUUCCUCAACGCCAGUCUAGUACGGACAACGUGUUGAACAACAACAAUGGUUCCGUACAGAUGCGCUCUAAACCUGGUUCUAGCAAUAGUCCGAAUGGAAGUGACUACGAUAAUGCCAACCUGGCGGGUGUAAAUCGGCCGUAUUCCUUGCAACCGGGCGCAAUGCAUAAUAAGUCGCAAUCGGGACCACAAAAUGGCAAUGCCGCUGGAGAAGACGUGUGGUUACGAAACAGUGAAAUGAGAACAUCAGGCUGGGGUCAGGCAAGAUUUGACAAUACCCGACCGACAUCUUUGCCUCCGGCGGCUAGCAACAACAGCGCCAACGCUGGCAGCACGAGUGGCACGAUGGUGGUGGGUCAGGACUUUGGCCAGCUCGUUACCGGUGGCGUCGGUCGUCAUCAAUCGGCCGAAAGUUCUAGUGAAAGUGAGGCCAGCUUCAUCAAGGGCGGCAAGGAGUCAAGCGGCAAAGACAAGAAGGGCGUUUUCAGAAUAUUUUCAAAGAAGAAGUCGAAAAACUCGAGCUAAACGUGCAUAUACAUCCGGUAUUGGCAACGAAUGCAACGAAAUACAAUUUGCUAUCGCCGUAUCCAUCUUUUUCAACUAACAUUCUGAAGACAUUUAAUUGCAGGUGUGCGUCGCAAAUGAAUCGUGUUUUUUUUCUUCUGUUUGGUUUUAAGUCUUAACUGCAAUAUCGUUUUACCUAUGCCGAUUGUGUAAUGGAUACUAAUCGGUCUAAUAUAUUAUUGUCCCGCGAUAUCUUUUCAUGGUAGGAAUACAAAUAUAUACAUAUGUUUUUACUUUAACGCACUCUUCUGGCGCACUAUCCGCUUUCAAGUGUGUGUGUUUGUCUAGUUUUGUCGCGUACGUGUUUUGUAUUGUAUAAGGUGUAAAGGUAUGCAGCUAAUAGAGGAAACGUAUCCAAUAAAAAUAAACAAUAAGGUUAAAUAAGCGAAGAAAUUAGAAAGGAAAAAAAAAACACAAAAAAUAUAACAAACACAAACACAGUAGGCAGCGUUUUUUACAUUGGUUAGAUGUUAGUUAGAUAUAAGCUCUGUUGUUAUUCGCACGUCCAAGUAAGCCUAAAGCUAGUGGAAAAGUCUUUAAUAAUUAGUAUAAAAAUUAUAUUGUCAUUUUUUUUAGAAGUAGCUUCUAAACGUAUAUUUCACCAGGUCAUUAGAGUGUUUUGUACGAAUAAACAGUAAAA